CGAGGCAGAUAUUUUUUACAUGGUUCAACAGAACAACAUAAACUUAGAUCUAAAUAUUAAAUAUAGAUCUAGUUCUACUAGAUUCUAGAUCUAGAUCUAACUAGAUUCUAAAUGUGGAUCUUUGGAAAAUUUAGUUUUUAAGAAAAAUCUAGAUUUAAGUCGAAUCGAUAGAGGAACAAAUGAAAAACACCACUGUCAAUCAACUCAAUCAGAUGAAUCAACGAUAAACAAAAAUAAAAAUUCAUUAAAAUUAAAUUAGGCUAGGCCUAAGCCCUAAUCUAGCCAGCUAGACCCAACCCUACAUACUACAUACUAGAUCUACAUAGAUCUAGAUCUACUAGUAUAAUAUAGUUUACUUAAAUUUAAAUAAAAUUAAAUAGAUCUAGUAAUAGUAAAUAGGGCCUACAUUACUACGUCUAGUACUAGAUCUAGAUCUAGUACGGAUGAUUGAUAAUGAACUAAGUAACAAGAUCUUCAAAUCUACAUUUUAAUUAAAUUUAAUUUAUUAGCCUAGUAGUAUUUAGUAUUAGGCAUCACGUCAUUAGGGCCUAUUAAUUGAUAAUAUUAAGCUUACUGAAGUUACUAGUAGUAUCAGUAGUAAUCUAUAUCAGUAUAAUUAAAGAUUAGGGCCUAUAGGCCUAGGCUUACUAAUUAAUAAUUAAUUAUAGAUUAUAUCAACUAUCAUCACCACAUAAUAAAAUAACAAAAUAAACAAAAAUUUUAGUCUAGAUCUAGAAAUUCUAGCAUCAAAUUCUAACAGAACCAACCAUCAAUCUUCUGCUGGCUCUGAACUCAGGAGUUUGUCAGUGUUUGAGAAAUGACAGAUUGUAUCUCCUCAUUCAAUCCAAAAUGUCAUAAAACUAGAGAUUUGAAUUUGUACCAAAAACUGAAGUUUUAAAAAUGCCUAUUAAGGUGAUUGUUUGCUUUGAUACUGUACGUGUGACUGUGCCGUGUGGUGAGGGAAGUAUUCCAGUCAGAGAAUUAAUAAAUAAAGCAGUUCAUCGAUAUAAACGAGCAGUUGGAAAGGGAUCUAAUCAUUGGGUUGAGGUGAUCAGCCUUAAAACUAUUAGUGGUGGGGGUAUCUUGGACCCUGAUGAUCAGCUUUGUGAUGUCGUUGAUGAUAGAGAACAGCUAAUUGCAGAAUUUAAAGAACAUGAAAGACCAUUUAUUCAACACAAUGGUGGUGAUGGAGCAAGUGCUAGUUCCACUGGGACAAUCAGCCCUGAUAUUUUUCAUGCAGCCUCUGUACCUCCUUUGUCUGUAUAUCCUUUACCUAGACACAACAGUAGUAGCAGUAACAAUGCAGCCACUGAUGUUAUUAUCACUCCUAGAGAUCUUUCACAAGGUAUGACCAACUUGCAUGUGAGGAGGGGAAGUGAGCCUAACUUGAAUCUUCUAAUAGAAGAACAAUUACAUGAUUACGUGAAUGGUGCCAAUAAACCUCUUAUAACAAGACGAGAGAGUAUCAGGGAUAGUGAUGAACCUGUAUCAGAAUCAUCAGAUGAAGACAAAAUAAUGAAGGCAACAAUGCAUGGAUCACUUGAUAGAAAAAAGUUACAUCAAAAUCAUUUUACUCGAGAUGCCUUGCAUACAUCACUUAACAAUCAACCGGAAAUGUUUCGCUGGCUGGAAGCACAAGAAAAAGUUGAGCAGUCUCAUACACAGUUGCAAGUUAAGCAAAGGGUGGGUCCAAUCAAAGGACAUGAUGGGAAUGUGUGUCAGGCUUUUCAAAAUAAAAGCAACUUGAUUCAUCUUGAAAAUGAUGGAGGGCCUCUUGGCAUUCAUGCUGUCCCUGCUUAUGAUGAAAAUGGAAAAGACAUUGGUCUUCUUAUUCAAAGUAUUGAACCAAAUAGACCAGUUCAUAAAGAUGGAAGAAUUCAACCAGAUGAUAUAGUUACAGAAAUAAAUGGGACCAGUCUUCAAGGAGUUCCUUUUCUUCGGGCACAGGAAAUAUUUCGCACAGCUAUGGACUCUAAAGAAAUUUGUUUGCAAGUGGUUAAAGGAAAAAAUGAAACUUUAUCAGCAUUUAAGGAUCCUAUGAAACAAAAGCCACCACCUGUUCUGCCUAAACCUCGAAGUCAUACACCAAUGAAGCCUUCUCCACUUGCAUUAUCCUCUGGUGAUUCAAAAGUGAAAGCAAACAACCCUAUUCCAGCCCCAAGAGAUAUUUCAAAAGUAUUUUCAGAUUCAGAACAGUUAAUUAGCAGUCCUCAGCUCACUGAUCUCAUAAUUUCUGAUCAGAGCACCAACUCUUCUGCCUCAUUGAAAAACCCAAAUAAAGUGUCUGUACCCUCAAACAGCAGCCCUUUGCCAUUUCUUAAACCAGCCAUCCAGCCUUUUCAGCAGGCUAAAAGGGUACCUCCUGUUCUUCCUACUCGAAGUCCAAGUACAGCACUAUCUAGCACAGAUACUCCUCUAAAUGCACUUACUAAUACUCGAAGAAUUGGAAAAAAACUUGUUAUUUACCUUACCAAAGGUCCCUUAGGUUUAGGUUUUAGUGUUACCUCAAGAGAUAACCAGACUGAUGGCAAUUGUCCAAUAUAUAUUCGAAACAUUCUUCCGAAGGGUGCAGCGGUACAAGAUGGUCAGUUACGACCAGGUGAUCGCUUGCUGCAGGUCAAUGGUGUUGAAAUGACUGGGAAAACUCAAAAAGAAGCUGUUUCUUUUCUACGGCAAAUCCCUGAAGGUGGUCAGGUUGUACUGAUUGUUUCCAGGCAAGAAGAAGUUGAUGAAAAGUUUAAGGUUCCUAGAAAAUUGGGGGACAACUCUUUGGAUGCUAAAGAUGGGGAUCAUAUUAUAAGUUAUGCUUUGGAUAAUUGUGUUACUGAUGGUGAACUAAGUGUCUUGCCCUUACAGCAUUCUCACCAAGAAGAAGAAAUAGACAAGUCAUAUGACGCUGCCAACAAGGAGAAAAUUACUCUUCACAUUCCACUUAAUGAAUCAGGUUCUGCUGGAUUAGGUGUUAGUGUUAAAGGAAGAACAGAAACUUUUCAAACAGGCAGUAAAGAUUUGGGCAUUUAUGUAAAAACAGUUUUGCAAGGAGGUGCAGCAUUCAAGGAUGGCAGGUUACAAGUUAAUGAUCAGCUCUUAGAAGUAAAUGGUGUCAAGUUGGAUUGUUUGGCAAACACUUCAGCUAUGGAGGCCCUUCGAUUAGCUAUGUUAGAAGAUGGGCAAGUUCCAGGGUGUAUAACGUUAACUGUUUCACGUCAUAAAAGUAUUACACUUCCACAAGAAGACUCAGCAGAUAAUAGUAAUAAAGACAUAAAUACUCAAACCAUGUACCUGGGGUCAUAUUCUGACAGUGGACACAUAUUGCAUCAAAGAUCCUCUUCUGCUUCUGAUUAUACUUUUCCUAAAACAUUUGGAGCUGAUAAAGAUCUGCCUUCCCCUAUUCCUCCAACUAGAUUGCGAAAAGUUUCUGGUUUAAUGGAAAAUUUCACAGGAAAUGGAUUAAGAAACGAAUCCUACAUGAAGGCCACACAUGACAGUUUAAAUGAUUCAACUUCAUUCACAAAAGAUGUGCCUCCUACAAAUUCUACCCAUUUUCAAGAAAGACUAAUGCUUUAUCCAAAUGGCAAAGACAAUGCUCUUCAUAGACCACAUUCCACUAUUGGAUUUAUGCAUAAUCCAAGAAAUUCUCCGUCGGAUGAAGAGGGUGCAUGUUUAGCUCCGACCUCUAGCAAAGAAGAAGAUAAUUUAAGUCCCAAUGAUGAUUUACUACUUCCAUUUGCAAGAGAAGGCUUUGGCAGACAGAGUAUGUCUGAAAAACGAAAAGGCCAUUUAGACCCACGUUCUACUGAAAUAUACAAACUCGCUAAAGCUGGCAAAGAAAACAAAGGUACUUCUAAUCUUCAAACUGCAACAGCUGAACCUGUUGUUAAUAUUCUGAAGAGAUCCUCAUCUGAAGAGUGUUUAGCAAGUGCUAGACAUUACAUGGAAGAAAAUAAUUCAUCCAAAUUUCAGAAAAAUGAAGAGGCCUCAGAAAAAUGGAAGAGCAGUCGCUUAAGUCGUGGAAGAGCAUGCAAUGAUAGUUUUCGUGCAGCAGUUGACAGAUCAUAUGACCCAUUGGACCCUUCUUUGAUGGAUACUUUGGAGGAAGAGAGUGCAGAAAGUGGUGCUUUUACUUUGGAACCUUCUCAUUCUGGGCGUUCUUCAAUAAGCAGUGAACCAAAUGAGGAAAACAGUAGUCUUAAAAGACAAAGAGAUAAGGAAAAAAAAGGAAGUCUAUUUAAAGGAUUUUUAAGGUUUGGCAAGGGUCGCAAAUCAAAUGAAGAAGCUAUUCGUCGUUCACGAUCAGAAGAAAGAUCUGGCACUAGAGCAUUGGAAAUAUCAGAUUUUAAAUCAGAUAGACCUUCAAAAGAUCGUUGGAUUGCACACAAUAUUGAUAAUGAGAGGAUUACUGACCUUACAUUUGUUACUAAUGUGAAUCUCCAACAAAGAGAUAACACAACUGGUAUAGAAGAAAAAAGAAGGAUUGAAAUGAAAUAUAAAAGCUUCCUAGAUGGUCAAGGUAGACAACAGUUUACUCCUACUGCUGAUUCUAUUCACAGUCUUCAUGCAGAUAUUGGAUUGGCUUCAUCACCUACUCAAUAUCAGCCCUACAUAUAUCAUCAAUGGCCCCAGGUUGAAAACUCAGAUCCAAGAAAUAUCCAUCCUGCUGCUUCUUUACAAGCACAUAGAGCUAUUAAUCAAGAAUAUAAAGAAAAAAACUCUUAUUAUGAUAGCUCUGCACCAAGUAAAGAAGUACAAUCCACUUCUGAUUUGUCCCGUGCUGAAUAUAUUCAAAAAUUACGCUCUUUAUAUCAACAACGACAUCGCCAACGACAGGGUGUAUAUCCACUAGAUGACACCGAAGAACAUUACGAAAAGCAGAUACAGGAAUUAGAACAUACUUGGAGUACUGAGAGCUCAUUUGAUGAAGGCACACAUAAUUCCACUAUGCCAUUUAGUAGUAGACCUGCAAGCGCAAGGGAAAUAUCUAAAAAACAUACAUCUCUUGUGAAUGUGAACAACAGCAGCUCUAUGUACUCCAAUAGUCUUCCAAAAUUUAGCCAGCAGUAUGGCAACAACAGCACUUAUGUUGGGAAUACUCAUUCUGGAAACAAUAACCACUCACCAUACCAUUUUACAAUGAAAACAUCUCAGAGCUCUCACAUCAAAUAUCCACCGCAGCAUUCAUAUAAAGCUUUUGAGAACUCCUCAACAUCAAACUUUGAAGAAUAUGUUAGAACAGAUGGGCAGUUUUUUUACAGACCAAGAUAUAAUCAUCAGAUUCACACAGGGAUUUCAAAGAAUUAUAAUAGUCAUUCUACUCAAUAUUCUCAUAAAAAAAGUUUACCUUAUUCUGAGUCGGGAUCUGCAAAAGUUUAAAGUGUUAUAUAACCUAUCAGAAUGUUUACUUUCCAUUCUACUUGUUUAUUAAAACAAUUUGUAUAUAACUCUUCCUAUCUCACCUUGUAUUGUUAGUUGCUUUGAGCAAAACUGGUUUUAGCAAUAGGUGUUUUUGUGAAAUAUGAAAUUAUCAAUUGCAAUAUUUUCCCGUACCACAGUAUAGUAUAUCGUAUAUGGUAAAUUUCCAUCUAUAUGUAUAUAAAUGAUUAAAUUAAAAUAUUUUAAAAGCCAAUAUUCAGUCGCCUAAGUUGGCUUAAAUGUCUAUAUAAUAAUUUUUGCACGCUUGACAAUGAAAAUUAAAAAGUCCUUUGAGUUACAGAAAUGUAAAACUUGUCUUGUCUUGUAGAAAUAUACUGUAGACUAGAUGUUUAUUAAAUAAAGAAUAUCCUUUGCCUAUGUAUGUGCAAAAUGUACCUCAAUUCCAGUAAAAUUAAAUGCAAACUGUUAAAACAGUUUGUCUUAGAAGACAGUUAUUAAGUUUCUAAAAAAGAAAUCAAAGAUAAGAGAAAAAAUUUGUUUAAAAAACAGCUGUUUUUUGUUUGUUUUUUUUCCCCAAAUUUUGUAAAGUUUAACCUGUGUUCUGAGAAAUGUAAUGAUGCUCUUUGUGGUAAAUGUUUGCUGUACUACUUGUGUAAAGAAGCUUCUACUAAAAUAAACACAGUAGAAUAAAAAAAAUGUUCCUCUCAGAACUUAAAUUCUUAUGCUAGUGUUAGCAAUUCUUGUUGAUGAAUAGCAUUUAAUGUGGUGCUACUUUUGUGAUUUAAAAUAAAAUAACACCACUGUAUUAAACUUUUAUUUAAAAGAAAAAAUAACAUUAUUUAUGUUACAGUAUGUAAGCUGUUUUCCUUAUUAUACAGACCUAUCUUUGUACAUUUUUAAAAAUAAUUUUAGCUUGUCAUUAUUACCUAACUAUAUAAGUUGGAAAUUGUUAGUUUUAUAAAAUCAUUUAAAUUAGCUCUUCCCUCUUAUAAAAAAAAGCUUCAUUACUUAUCUGUUUAAUUUUUUUUAAUGAAUAUUCUCUCACAUUAUAAAACAGCUGAUAUUUUUGUAGACAAAUAACAAAUAAUUUCCAGUGGUUUAUGAGAUUUUAAUUAUCUUUUGCCAUAUAUAUAUAUAUAUGAUAUUUAUU